AUGGGAAACUAACAAGGGCAAUAAAACACAAGCGAAGAUAUUUAUGUCACAAACUAAAUUUAAACAGUCAAUUUGAGUGGAAUUUAAGAGUUAGAAGCAGAAUUUUUAAAUUAUAUAAAUGAUAAAAAGAGAAGGGAUAGAUGGUAAUCUUGUUUGAAAUAAUUUAAAAUAACUUCAAUGGAAGAUCUUAUCUCUGCCUAUGGGUUAGACAAAGAAAGCAAGGUUGGAAGACGUUGUAAUGAAGCUGAACAUUUAAUACUCAAUAAUUAUUUUUUGAAGAAAUAAAAAGAAUAUGAGGCAAAGUUUGAAGAAGAAAAACUGAUCACUCAGGAUUACAUUUCAGAGUAUUUAAAGACUAAUAAAAUCGAAAGUGACAUGAUAAGAUUUGAGGACAAGGACUACCAUAUAAGAAAUAUAUUAAUUGUUGGGAUAACUGGAUAAGGGAAAACUACUUUUAUCAAUAGCUUUAUUACUUAUCUAAAAGGAUUCAACACACAUAAGAGUUAUGAAAAUUUUCAUUCAAGAUUUUAUAUUGAUAAGCCUAAUAGCAAAGAUGUAAAAUCUCACACUUAAAAUGUUCAAUCCUAUUAAAUUAUAUAUGAAAACUAUAUAUUCAAUUUAAUCGAUACCCCAGGCCUAGGUGAUACUGAAGGCUUAGAAAAAGAUCAAAAGAUAGUAGAUGAUAUUGGAAAAUACCUUGAGUAGAAUCUCUUUAAGAAUAAUCAAAAUCUUCAUGCUGUAUUAAUAAUUUCAUAAUCAUCAACUCAAUAUGAAAUUAUUGAUAAUAAAUUAACACUUCUGUAAACUUCUAUGUUGAGUAUCCUAAAAUUAUUUGGAAAGUAAAUGAGCAGAUAUGCACAACAUUGUCUUUCAUUUUCAGAUUUCACAGCAGCCAAUACUUUAAAUUUUGAGAGUCCCAACUCUAUUUUCUAUUCAUUAACUGAGCAAUAAUUGUAAUUUAUUCAUGAAAAUUAACAAUAAGAACAUGAAAAAUCUAAUUAGUUUGAUGACCCUACAUUUAAAACUUAGGUUUAACUCAAUUAAUAAUAGGAGAAUAUUUACUAAUAAUAUUAUUAAUUUCAAAAUUCAGUUUUUUAGGUUAAAAAACUAGGAUUUAUUGAAAAAAUUCAAAUUAAAAAAAAUGUGGAAAAUUAUUUAUUCAUAACUUAAAGAGUCAAGAAUAGCAUGGGAUUUGACCUUUAAGAUAGUGUUGAAGUAAUUGCACAAAGAAAAAUAUUAAAGCAAGAAAGAGAUUAAAUUCAUCUGAAAUUAAAGAAUUUGAUAGCAAAUAAAAAUAAAAUAAACGAUAAUAUAAGGAAAAUAUAAAUAUAUUAAAGUAGGAUUGAAGAGUCAUCAAACUUUGAAUUUUAUGAAUUCAUAACUGAAUGUAAACGAGAAUUUCACCCUAAUGAAGGAAUGUACUUUACAAAUUGUUUAAAAUGUAAUAAAACAUGUUGUGAAAUCUGUCAUGUUAAAAAUGAACACUUAGCAAAUUGCAUUUAAAUGAUCCAAAUUAAAAAUUAAAUGAUUUGUUAAUCCUGUAGUUGUUUAUUAGAUAAACAUAUAAAUGAAAAAUAUAGAUGGAGUUUUACAACUGAAUAAAUAAAAAGAAUAAAUUAAUCUCUUUAAAGAGAGAAUGAAAAUGCUAAAUCUCAAUUUGAAAAGCUUAACCAAAUUCUUGCUAAUCUAUAAAAAGCUUUGCUUGAAAUUUAGGAAGAUAUUAAAAUAACUCUAAUUUAGAUGAAAAAAUGUUUUGAAACUUUAUUGUCUUCAGCGUUAUACACAGUUGAUAUUUAGGACGAAGAAGCUUAUGAUUUUAUAUUAAGAUUAUAUCCAGAAUAUAGGGAAGCUUUUUAGGAAUUUUAGACUUAGGAAGAAAUGAAAGUUAGUUAAAAGAUCAGGAAAGAUAUCAAAGACAAAAAGCUGUUAAUUUCUUAAACAUUGUUAAGUAUCAAAACAUAGUAGUUCUAGGAUAAACCAUACUAAAGAUUUUGA